CUCCUCACUCGCUCAUAGUGUCUGUCUCUCCCACUCUCCAUCGCCUUAUCUUCAACAACCCAAAACACCUUGUUUUGUUUUGUUCCUUCUCUCAUCAAUGGAUUUCCACUCUCUUUCAAGGAAGCAGCUACAAGCACUCUGCAAGAAGAAUAAGAUUCCAGCUAACAUCACCAAUGUUGCCAUGGCUGACGCUCUCGCUGCUCUCGAUCAAGUUGAAGGAUUGGAUGAGAUUUUGAAUUCAAGCGAGGUUGAUGUUGGAACCCCGAAUGUUAAUCUGCGUACGGCUGGUAAGGCCUCGACUCAAAGGAAAGCAGCUAGAGCAGAAGUUGAAGGUUCAACGGUGAAGGUUCCGGCCUCUGCAAGGCGUGGGGCUAGAGCUGGAAUUGCAUCAGGAGUAGCGGAGCAAGAGAACAAAGACGACAAUGUUCCACCAGUCACUCCUGCUGCUGGUAGGAGAAGGGCUACUGCAGUUUCUACUCGUAAGAAGAAAGAAGUUGAGAUUGUAGAAGAAGAUGGUGAUAAGAAUGAUGCGCCUAAAACAGUUGGUCGGAGAAGAGCUACUAGUCGUUCGGUUUGCCCCACCAAGAAUGAGACACCUGGGGGUGCUUCAGUGCAGAGAACAUAUAGCACGAGGAGGUCGGUUAGAUUGUUGGAGAAUGGAUUGUCUAAGAUGAGUUUGGUUGACACUGAAGACACUGGAUUUGUCAAGGAUGAUGAGGAUAAUGUUUCUCAAGAACUGAGUAAUGUCUCGGAGCAAGUGGAAGACUCGUGUAAUACUGAAAAAGGAUCUAGUUUGCAGAUGGACUCGACUGUGGUUUCCGAAGAUACUCUGGAGUCCGAGGUGUGCUCUUCAGAGCAAAACACUGGAUAUGAAUGCCAAUCACAUGAGUCUGCUUCAGAUGUGAAAUUAGUUUCUGUGACAGAAAUUGAUAAGGUGGUUGGACCACAUGGUUCGGAUGAAGGUGAACUGGAGAAAAUCAACAACUUGGAGUUGGGAGCUGAACCAAAUGCAUCAGAUGAAGCAGGGUCUGACCCGUUACUUGAUCUGGAGGAAACUUGUGAUUCCUCGGACCUAGAAACUGAAAAUAAGGAAAGCGUUGUAGCCUGCCUAGAAAGUUUUCCCGUCGAGGCAUCCGCAGAUGCUAUCACGGAGGUUACUGGCCAAGAAAUUGCUGAUAUGGUACCUGAUAAAGUUUCGGUGGAUGUUACUGAUCAAGGUGUUGCUGGCUCGCUUUCUAUGAUAACUGAUUGCAAGAUUUAUGAUCAAGUCAGCAAUGAGUGUGGUGAGAAAGUCAGCAAUGAUGAAGAUGUCAACAAUGGCGCUUUGCUUAGCCAAAAGGAACAAGUUGGGGUCAUGGAUGAAAAAAUCAGCCAUGAGGGUGAUGAUAAAGAAGAUAAGAACAAUGAGCCAGAAGUGGAGGAUGAAUCAGAUUAUUCAAGUUUACUGGAAGGAAGUUCUGAUGAUCAAGGUUCCGCAAUGGGCGUAAAUGAAACCAUUGAGUACAGCACUGGCGACGUUAACCAGGAUGUGAAGGAUGAAACUGAACAUAUGAAUGUGGCCUGUGGCGACAUGACAGAUGAAGAUUACCAGCAUCUUCUUACUGUUGAUGACAAAGAUUCCAAGGAAAGUGACUCGAUGAUUGGUUCUGAAGGGGUUCCUGAUCUCGAUUCAAUUUCUAGUUCUGCCGGUGAGCUCCAAGAGGAAGAAUUGAAAGAAGUUAAACCAGAGCAGACCGAAGCAGGGACACAUAGCGCUCCUGAUGUUACUGAGGCACAAGCUGAAGAAUCCGAGGAACCUGUAACAGGACAGGUUUCAGUUGAAUCUGCUUCGGGUCCCAUUGAUGGCGAGGUAGUUUCCGAAGAUGUUUCUGCCAUCCCAGACCAAGAUACCGUCACAGUUUCUUCAGAAAAUGUGUCCUCUGAUGUUCCGGUUCAAUCAGUUGUUUCUGAUCGGUUGAAGGUAAAUCGGACAUCUGAUGAUUUGAAUAAAAUGACCAUGGGGGAACUCAAGAGAAUGCUGAGGAAUUUAAAUUUAGGUGGUGAAAAAUCAAACUACAACAAGACUACUGAUAAGGAAGGGGAUAAGAAAAGAACUGCACUGCAGGAACUGCCUCAGAAUCAGAUGACAAGUGGGGAAGCUCAGAUCGAUGACUGAAUUAUGAUAGAUUUGAAAUUUUGCACUCUCCAAAUAAAUCUUUCGGAUGUUACAGCAUAGGACCAAACCUUUGGUUUGGUGUUCUGUAGCUGUUCUUAGUAACUUUGCAGAUUUUUCUUGUAAUUUUUCUGGUUGCAAGAACUCUUUGUUCUGGAAUUUUAUUUUCAAUGCACCAAUAGUGCCUUUUUAGUAUAUCCUAAUCAUAUCCCAAGUGCAUUUUUACUGAGGUGAUAGUUACUAUCAUUUUUUUUUAUCGAAUUUUGAAAG